GCCCCAACGCCCGGAGUUCUCUCUCUCUCUCUCUCUCUCUCUGUCCCUCUUCGUCUUCGCGUCUGUGUCGAUCAAUCAAUAUCAAGAAAUUGAUGAAACCAACAGAUUUGCUUGCCGCGACGAAGUUGCACUUGUGAAUGAAUGUAUUAACUUGAGUUCAUCACUGCACGCAGAAGGGAGCAACAAUGGGCCAAGCGUUUCGUCGAGCAGCUGGCAGGGUCAAAGCCCCGUCCCACUUCGACGCCCCAAAAACGAAGCCCGUCGCCGACCGGAGAGUCGACCCGCCGAGGCAGGCCGAGCAGAGGGCCAUGGAUCCCGAUGGCAAGUCUCAGGUUAAUGCCGAUAAUGUACUUGAAGAAAGAGAUCCGCAGUUUGAUGCCAUGCUAGGUCAGAUGGUUGGCAGAAUCAGAUCGAAGCCUGGGGGAAAACUCGAGAUGGGCGAGGCACACGUAGCUGAGAAAUACAACAGGCCCUUGCCCAAACUACGAAACACGAGACCAGAUUCGGGCAGGUUCGAAGAGAGGCCUGUCCCCGCUGGAACCUUAAACGUGGCCCAGCUGCGCCACAUCAUCCUCCUCCACCAGGGGAAGGCAGAGGACCACACGGGCCCCAUGGACGCACGCCAGAUUGCCGAGAAGUUUCGGGUUGAGGUCACCGAGAUCGAGAGAAUUCUCAAGUUCAUCUCUCUACCUCCUGAGAAUGAAAAGAAGGAACAGAACGAACCGUAAAAGACGUCCGGGAAUCUAUUGCUUUGACAGGAUUUUCCUUCGAAUAAAGGAUAUCACUGAGACUUGAAGCUGAAGACUGAUAUAAAAUUAGCUAGUGGUAGUUCUGUUACAUCCCAUGAGAACUCAUGUAAAAUAUGUAUUGUCGUUGAUGGAAAAUUUUUGGUAGGCUCAUUACAUUUCCAUAAACUUGAUGUCGCCAAAAAAAGAGCUUUUUUCCUUUUUAAUGAUUUUUUGGCACAAUACAACUUCAAAAACGUGACACGAUCAAA